AUGGAAGAUUCACUCCGGUCCCUGCGAGACGCUUGCGUUAAUCCAGAUUCCUUCUUUGCUACUCCCCAGGCAGACCUCCUGCGGCUGGUCUACAAAGAAUUCGCCAAUGAAAUCGAUCGUCUCAAGCGAGCAUAUUCUAUUCGUGAGGGCCAAAUAUCCGUGAGCAACGAAACUCCGUCUUAUGUUCUAUACCAAUCCAACUAUGAUGAAGUGAACCGUACGCUAGUCGGAUUUCUAUCCCUGCGUUGGAUUCACCUUGGACAAUAUGAAAGUUUCGUCAGUUCACAACCGCCAGAGGUAAAAUUGACUAUAGAGUCAUUCACAUGGAUUCGAGAUUUUUACAAGGCAAUUAUUGUGGAACCAGAUACUCUUUAUGCUCUGAUAACCUCAAUAAUAACCAAUGAUUUGGGCAAAGACCCACAAUUGGCCUUUGAUUACUACAAUGUGACCGGGAUAGACAUAUCAGAUCUUAAUCACGACGCUAUCCUUCUCAAGGCUUGUCAAGCUGGGUUGAUAAGGUCACUCGAUCGCUUGCCUAUCGAAUACAAGAACCAUCUCAUCGGUGGCAUUGAGCUCGGAGCCACGUUCAACUUUGGCCAAUUGGCCCAAGCCGAAAAUGUACCUGCGUGCCUAUCUGGCUUGAAACGGAUGAAAAACAACCCGAUCUGCUUCCAGCUCCGAUUUAUGGAGCAAAUACUAGAUAUUGCGGGUGCAGCAGGACAUAUGGACAGCACAUGCGCAAAGAAACUUAUACAACCAAUCUUUGAAUCCUAUAGAAAUGUCUUCGAUGCAUGUCAAAAUCUCACUGCUGGCUCCUCGAAUCUUCGAAAUGCGUACGAUCUGAUCCUGACUCGACGAGCAAAUUGGCUUCAUGAAUGCGGAUUCUCGUUCUUAGACGUCAAUAUUGCAGAUAACCGUGCAUUGCUACGUUUAUUAUGCAUGGGAAAUGUUACAACUUCGGAAAGGGCAUCUUUAUUCGAAGGGACAUGGAAUUUGAUUGAAGAGGAUACCAGAGAAAGUUUAAUUUAUGCACUCAACCUGGACGGCCUGAGUGGAGAGCCUGCUGUUCAACCAACAUAUGUGCCUGCGCUUCUCAGUCGCAUUAAAGAAGAAUUGCCACUUACAUGUGCUUUACGCUACUUGUCUCGAGUCAUGGAUCUAUCUGAAUCUGUUGACCCCUCGGUCUUGGUCGUUGAGCGGUCUCUAUUGGGCGUGAUUAAGAAUUGUGUGGAAGGUGGACAGUUCAAUGCAGAUCCUACUAUUUUAGAAUCACUUGAAGUACCCGAAGGAGUGUUCGCUUUAAAGGAAUGA